AUGGCUCUCGCAACACAACUACAGAACACGCUGGACGGCUUCAGUCAAAAGGCGCCCCCACACAUCCGGAACCCGAUCAACCAAACACGAUCGGACCACGCCGCCAGUUUCGACCCCAAGUCUGCCAUCCAACAAGGCGCCAAACUCCCAUCAUUCUCCCUCUCGAAUGCCCAUGGCAAAAACGUGACAAGCGACUCCCUCCUCAGCAAAGGCCCCAUCCUUAUAACCUUCUACCGCGGCGGCUGGUGCCCCUUCUGCAGCCUCGCCCUCCGCGAUCUCCAAAAGCAUCACGAUGAGUUCAAGGCCAAAGGCGUGACCCUCGUAGCUAUCUCGCCACUACUCCCUGACGAAUCUCUCUCCACGGUCGAGAAGAACGAGCUCAAAUUCGUCGUUCUAUCGGACGUACAUAAUGAUUUCGCUCGUCAGCUCGGGAUCGUGUGGAAGCAGCCUGAUAGUCUUCGGCCUGCGUUCAAGGAUCUGGGGCAUGAUUUGAAGACGUGGAAUGGGGAUGAUUCGUUCGAGGUUCCGAUCCCGGCGACGCUUUUGGUGGAUCGGAAGGGAACCGUGAGGAAUCUUUAUUUGGACACCGAUUAUACUAAGCGAUUUGAGACGAAGGAGGCGUUGAAGUGGGUGGACGCUUUGUGA